AUGACACAACCGCAGAAGACUAUCGCCGUGGUCAACGCGGCCGGGCGACAGGCGGCAUCGCUCAUCCGAGUCGCAUCCGCCGUCGGCUAUGCGGUACGCGCGCAAAUUCAUUCACUCAAGGGCCUCAUCGCCGAAGAGUUGCAGACCUUGCCCAAUGUCACGCUGAUCCAAGGUCCCCUCUUAAAUAACCCGGAGUUGAUGGACACGCUCUUCAAGGGCGCCAGUCUGGCCUUCAUCAAUACCAUGUCCCAGGCCGGCGACGAGGUCGCCAUCGGCCGUGCGCUCGCCGACGCCGCCAAGCGCGCCGGCACCAUUCAGCACUACAUCUACAGCAGCAUGCCAGAUCACUCCGUUCACGGGCCGUGGCCCGCCGUCCCUCAGUGGGCACCCAAGUUCACCGUCGAAAACUACGUGCGCCAGCUGGGUUUGCCCGCCACAUUUGUCUACGCUGGCAUCUACAACAACAACUUUACCAGUCUGCCCUACCCGCUCUUCCAGAUGGAACUCUUGGAUGACGGCAGUUUCGAGUGGCGCGCGCCUUUUGACCCGGAGACCCCGUUGCCCUGGCUGGAUGCGGAACACGAUGUUGGACCAACCUUGCUGCAGAUCUUCAAGGACGGGCCGAAGAAGUGGCAUGGCCAUCGCAUUGCCCUCACUUUUGAAACCCUCUCCCCCAACCAAGUGUGCGCCGCGUUCUCCCGCGCUCUCAGCCGGCCCUGUCGGUACGUGCGCGUGCCCCGGAUCGAGAUCAAAGUCAAUAUCCCGCCGGGAUACCGGGAACAAUUAGAAACGCUCGAGACGCUGUUCGGCGAGUUCAAUGCCCCGUACUUCCCGCAACCCGAGUUCUCACAACCCGCGGCUGGAUCGCCUAAGGGCCUCGGACCGGCUGGUGGUAAGGGCGCCGGUGCCGGCAUGAUGCAAGGACCGGGUGGUGUGGUCUCACUGCGCGUCACCGACGAGGCCCGGCACCUCUGGCAGGGCUGGCGCGAUAUGGAAGAGUAUGCGCGCGAGGUUUUCCCGGUGGAAGAAGAGGCGAACGGAUUGGAUUGGAUGCUUUGA